GGCGGCCCGGCACUUUCCUUUUCGGAGCGGGGAGGAGCGGCAGCUGCGCAGGCGUUGCUCGCACCCUGUUGAUUAGUCAGUGCUGGGAUGGCGCUUCCUGGGCCAGGCGCGGCGGCGGCGGCGGCGGCGGCGGGCGGCCCCAGCCGGUGCCGAGGGGCGGCGGGAGCAGCGGCAGCCGCCCGGCGGGCCUCCCUCUCUGCCUAGCCCGGCAUGUCCCGCGGCGGCCGGCGCUGAGCGAGGCGAGCUCCGUCCCUCCCUCCUUCCUUCCCUUCCUUCCCUCCCUCCCUCCUUCCCGUCCCGCCGGCGCUGCCCGCCCUGCCCGGGUGGGAAGAUGGACCCCGGCCCCUGUCCGGGCUUCAGCCUGAAGGACGUCAAGUGGAGCGCGGUGGCCGUGCCCCUGGACCUGCUCGUCAGCACCUACCGCCUGCCGCAGCUCGCCCGGCUGGACAGCGGAGAAACUGUAGAAGGCCUUCGGGAGAGUGAUUACCUUCUGAUUCAUUCAUGUCGGCAGUGGACAACAAUUACAGCUCACAGUCUGGAGGAGGGCCACUACGUCAUAGGGCCAAAGAUAGAAAUCCCUGUACAUUAUGCAGGGCAGUUUAAGCUGCUGGAACAAGACCGAGAUAUUAAGGAGCCAGUGCAGUAUUUUAACAGUGUGGAGGAGGUGGCUAAAGCAUUUCCUGAACGAGUUUACGUCAUGGAGGAAAUAACAUUCAACGUUAAGGUGGCUUCAGGUGAAUGCAAUGAAGACACUGAGGUUUACAACAUUACCCUUAGUACUGGGGAUGAGCUGACUUUAAUGGGGCAAGCAGAAAUCCUUUAUGCAAAAUCUUCUAAGGAGAAGUCCCGUCUCAACACCAUCUUCAAAAAAAUUGGGAAACUUAAUUCAAUUAGCAAGCUCGGCAGAGGCAAAAUGCCCUGCCUCAUCUGCAUGAACCACAGGACCAAUGAAAGCAUCAGUCUCCCGUUCCAGUGUAAGGGCAAGUUCAGCACCCGCAGCCCGUUGGAGGUGCAGAUGCAAGAAGGUGAGCACACAAUUCGCAAUAUAGUAGAAAAAACCAGGCUGCCUGUUAACGUGACUGUGCCGAGUCCUACACCGAGAAACCCUUACGACCUGCAUUUUAUCCGUGAAGGGCACAGGUACAAGUUCGUCAACAUUCAGACCAAGACUGUGGUGGUUUGUUGCGUGCUUCGUGGCAACAAAAUUAUUCCCAUGCAUUUUCCCUUGCACUUGACGCUUCCAAAAUUCACCCUCCCUGACAGUCUUGUGAAGGGGGACCUGUGGCACGAAUCCCUCAUCCAGCAUUGGUUUAAUAUAUGCCAGGAACAGUUCGACAUAGACGAGUAUUCCCGUGCCGUGCGCGAUGUGAAAGCUGACUGGAGCGAAGACUGCAAGAGCCCGAAGAAAAGCCGGUGCAGCGGGCACACUCACGUGCCCAACUCCCUCAGCUACGCGCGGGACGAGCUCACGCAGUCCUUCCACCGGCUGUCGGUGUGCGUCUACGGAAACAACCUGCACGGCAACAGCGAGGUGAACCUGCACGGCUGCAGGGAUCUGUGUAACGAGUGGGCCCUCUUUUCUCACGAUGCUCUUCAGUACCAGGAUUCUGGGGACAGUAGCAGUGACUAUCUUUUUCCUGAGGUUAGCGAGGAAUCGAUGUUUCUGCCUACGAAACCAGAACUUCCUUACGAAGAGCUGUGGUUGGACCAAGGCUCUGGAAAGCCUGGAGAGCAGCCUCUCAUCCGCUCGCUAAGUGAGAAGAGCAAAUGUGACAAUUACAGAGGGUCCUUCCGAUCAAAGUGUGGUACUGCAUCUCUUCCUGUGCCUGGGACCGUCGGAGCAACAACAAAGUCUUCAGAUGUUUCCCUACCUCCACCUCCAGUGCCUCCCAAAUCUGAAGCAGUGAAAGAGGAAUGCAGGCUCCUGAAUGCUCCCCCUGUCCCACCACGGAGUUCAAAGCCAUCCUCCACCAGCCCUUCCAUCCCUCCUCGCACAGUCAAACCUGCACGACAACAGACCCGCUCUCCCAGCCCUACUCUGUCCUACUAUUCUUCAGGACUGCACAACAUCAAUGUCACAGAGAGCGACAACGCGAACCCAGCCGAGAGCGGCACACCUGUUUCCUGCUACCCUUGUACCAUGAUGAAAACCGAAUCCAAAGAGCCUGAGAACACGAUGCCUUUUGGAAGCCCUUCAACUGAAGCUCUGCCUUCUAGGUUAUCUUGGCCAAACCAUUUUUCGGGAACUGCGGAGGGCCUGAAUAGGAGCGAUUUCCUGCUCGAUCCAAGCAGGAGCUACAGUUACCCCAGACAGAAGACUCCAGGCACGCCAAAGAGAAACUGUCCAGCACCUUUGACUUUUGACUUUGAUGGGUGUGAGCUCCCUGCAGGGUACUCCCAGAUGACCCCAGCAGAGCUCACUAACACCAUCUCCAGCUGUCCAAAGUCAGCAAGUUACUCUCUAGACUGCACUGAUGAGAAAACUCUGGGAGUCAGCAACACAAAGCAGAGUCAUUCAUGUCCUGCCUUACCUCCUCGGGCACCGAAGCCGAGCGAAGAGAAACCAGUUACAGACAUGGGUCCCUUGCCACUAAAAAUAGAUGGUGCCGAGGAGGAAUCGAAAACUGGUUCUCCGGACCUCUUGGAAGAUCAGUAUCUCGUUAAAAAGGGCAUGCAGGACACAUUCUCUGUGUCCUAUCCCUUCUCGUCUCCCCUCCACCUCCAGUUAGCACCAAGGUCUUGCGGGGAUGGUUCUCCCUGGCAGCCACCCACAGACCUUUCUGGACUCUCGAUAGAGGAAGUGUCUAAAUCGCUGAGGUUCAUUGGUCUGUCAGAAGAUGUCAUAUCAUUUUUUGUUACAGAGAAGAUUGAUGGCAACUUACUGGUUCAGCUUACAGAAGAAAUCCUGUCAGAAGACUUUAAACUAAGCAAAUUGCAGGUGAAGAAAAUACUGCAGUUCAUUAACGGCUGGCGGCCCAAGAUGUGAUGCUGACUAGUUUUCAGUGGAGCUGUGCGAGGUGUGCUAGAAGCACCUCAGCUCAUACAUCGCUUCCUGUUUUUUGCACUAAAAGCCCUUCCUGUAAAUAGUAGUAGAAAAAUUCUUACUAUGCAGAUAAAAGUUUUUGAGUGGUGAACGGAUUUUUUUUUUUGUAUGUUGAUAAUAAAGGUAGAGAAUCUGCAGAGGUGUGCCUUGUGCAUCCCUGAACAUUCAACAGCUGCUAAAAACUGGACACUAAGGGAACUUACUCUGUAGUCUGUUAAGACUCACUCGUAUUUAUUACUGAAGAAUUUGAUGCUGAAAGACACAUACCAAUCCAGUUUACAGUUUUGUGUUAACUGCAAAAAAAAUGUAUUUCUUACAGGAUUAUUUCUGUUCAAAUAAUAUUUGGCAACAUGCUGUGACUUUUUUCCUUCUCUGUUAACAAAAAGCAUGUUCAGAUAUACAAAAACACGGUUUUGACACUACAUCUGAAAAUGUUAUGAAUUGCUGUGAAGUGCCACUAAUACACUACUCUUGCAGCGUAUUUUUAUUAACAGUAUCUUCCUGACUAUCUGUAAUGUGGAUAUGUUUUCCAUCUUACUUUGAACAAAAAGAGUUAAAUGUUUAAAAGAAAGAAAGUCUUGCUUAGCUCAGUGCCCAAAGGGGAGGGAGAAGGGGGAUUUUCCUACUGAGCCACUCUGCCCUGGCCAAUUAAAAGUUUAUGACCUGUGGAUUUCAAAAGUUGCUUUUGUAGUCAGAUGGCUGCAGUCAGCAGCACGACUUCGGGUUGUGCAGCUUUCUCAUGGGAAAGGCAGUUCCCUGCACAGACCCUUCCCAGCAGAUCCUGCCCCUCGCAGCUGCCAGCACAUCCAUCAGAGGAGCCUGUUAGGGCGGCCCUUCCAUUUAUCUUGCCCUGGCCAGGGGAAACCUGUUACGUUUCCUCUGCUGCUGUUACAACCAUCUGAAAAUGUGCUCCAUGUGCCGUGCUAUUCCUGGAGUCGGAUCUGUGUGGGAAGGUGACAGUACUCCUGUAGGAUGCCUUUGAAAUUAAACAUUGGUGAGGUGGGAAGGAACAGAAGCAGUACAUGCCACGCUGAUAAGAGGGGGCCAAGUGAGAGCUUGGGCCAUGCCUCGGGAAAUGCUUGUGAUGUUCACCUGUCUUAUUGCAGUGGACUGAGAGAACAUGGGUGUCAAAGUGGAAGGACUGUAGCGUCAUUAAGAUGUGCUAACUCAAUUGCCCAGAUGCAAAAAUUUGUCUAUUGAUGCCACACAGAAGUAGCAGUCAGGUGAGGGCAGACAUAGGAAGGGGGUAUGAGGCUGUCCCUGGAGACCUUCUGAAUUUAUUGUGCAGAAGGCUAGAAAUAGGAUUGACUUUUGAUAAUCUGUUGCUGACAUCCUGUGGUUGGCAGAGCUCUCAGAAACAUGUCCAAAUAACCUCAGAACCCCAGGAUCUUCUGCCUUUGUAGUGCUGAAGACAAGGAUUUGUGGAGGCCCUCAGGAAAGUCUGUAGAGUCCGUCUUCUGCAGCUGCAUGUCCUUGGUCCUCAGGGGUCAAAGCCAGGGAAGCUGGAGCAGCUUCACCUUGCUCUGGCUCCUUCAUCCGCUGCAGAUCAGAGCCCUUCCUGGGGUGACACCAUCACCUGCCUUUCUUGUUUGGAGGGACAAAGAGUCUCUCUUCCUCCAGGGCACGUAGUGAGAGCAUCAAGAGAAAAUGGAGUGCAGGGACAAAAAAGUCUCAUUUUGCCUGUUUUCUCAGUUACGUGGACUCAUUAAAACAAAUGUGGAGCAAGUGGAGCUUUCUGUUGCCUGGGCAAAUUUCAUGUCAUGUCUCCAUGCCGAAGCCAAGAUGCAUCAUUUGUCUUGCAAUAAUGCAAACCACCAGUUCCCAAGCAGAGAAUAAAUCGCAACUGGAUGUGGGUACUAGGAGGCAGUGAGCCAAAAUCUAUCCCAACAG